UAAAAGAUGAAAAAGAAUAAUAGCACAGAAUUAACACAUCAUUUUAUUGAAACAAGAAAUAUGUUAGCAUAAGCAGAAGAUUAAAUCAAUUCUGUAGCUAGUCCUAUUUGUAAGAAUGAAAAUCUAUAUUUUUAUAGUCAAUACAAGUUAACAAUUUUAAAAGACUAAUUAGAUAUAUUCCGGAUAGAAAUCAAACUUAUAGAAAAGUGGAUUCUUUCUGAAUGGAUUAGCUGACUAACAUAAGUUUAAUAUCGUUAUAGUUUAUGGAUCGUUUUUCUUUUUCCUUAUGGUAGUUGGAUUUAUUGUGCUUAGAAGAUUGUUUUAUAGAAAUUUCUAUUCAGACAUAUCAAUCUUCAUAACGCAAAAUAUUUUCUCUUUAGGUUAUAAUGAUUAAUAAGACUUGUGA